CGCGUCUGUCUUAACGCAGUCGUGGUCAGAAGACAAUUGAGUGCAGCGAUGUCGCAGAGAGAAGUCCGUGAUGGCUGCAAGAGUGUCGUCUUUGGUGUGAUCCUCGGACUUGUUUUCGGACCACACAUCGCCAACAGCAAGGCGGGAAAGGCAAUUAACUCGUAUGCGGGAAAAUACAUCGUUUACACAGACACAUUCUACAUGUGUGAUAGUGAAAAUACUUGGUACUGGAACUUGAAGACCACGCACUGGAAUCCUGCCAAGCCCAGUGAGCUGCAACGUAUAAGUGGCUGGGUGAAUGCCACAGGUCCCAGUUUAACGGAUGGAAGUUGGGUGAAUAUCAUCAUGGACGCGCGGGCGAACAACCAGUGGAAGCAGAACGCUUUUGUCUUCAAGUUUCCCAACGGUGCCUGCACUACGAUCAAGAAGCAGAUCCCAGAAUUCUGGAACGUUGUCCUCAAACUGCCGAGGAGCGACAAAACGCCGUGUAGUAUUCCACCGCAAUUCUACGAGGUCAACGACGAGGCCAUCGCCUGGCUGUUCCCCAGCGUCCCCAUCAUGCCGUACGGGAUGUACCGGUUCCGACUGACCGGGGGGCCGCCCGGCAAGCCCGCCAUGGGCUGCUUCGUUGUGGAAUGCCACGUCGUCCCCAAGAUGUCGUAAUCUAACGGUCGCCCCAAGACGCACGCGAAAGGCGGCCUGCAUGCGGCCUUCUUUCUGUACAACUGACUUUAGGUUCCUUAUCGAUAGAGUAUAAUUCUUAAAACGA